AUGCGUUUCUCUGUAGUAGCCGCCGGUUUCCUCGCCGCUGUUGCGAGCGCCCAAUCCGAAACCAACGCCGUCACCAGUGUUGAGUCUUCUGCGGCUGGCGCGACCGACGUUACGACUGCUACCUCCGUGGUCAACACGGCUGACGUUACGACUGCUACUUCCGUCGUCGACUCGGCCGACGUUACGAUUGGUACCUCCACCGCCGGCCAGUCAGUCACCACCGGCACUCAGCCCUCUGUCACCGUCAGCAUAGAUCCUGCCCAGAGCUCUGCGCAAUCCGCCAUCCUCAACUGCCUCAAUGCUUGUGAUGCCAGCGACGUUUCCUGCCAGGCUAAGUGCAUUGCUGUGCCCAACCCCAGCGACCAGAACGUCAACCAGACCACCGAGUGUGUAGCCCAAUGCCCCCAGGGCAAGGGCACCGAGGCCGAUAAUAAGGCCUACGCCGACUGCGUAAGCGGCUGCAUUGCCCAGUACUUCUACACUUCGACCAACGCCCCCGGCGCUACUACCUCCGCCACCGGUACUGGCAGCCACGGCACCACCAAGGCGACUCCAAGCGUCACCCAGGUUGAGUCCACCGUUACCUCGGGCGGCUCUACCUUCGUCACCUCGUUCUCCACCACCGUCGCUCCCUCCGAGACUGACUCUUCCUCCCCCAACUCUGCGUCCGCGGCUCCGUCUUCCACGUCUUCCGGUGCCGCCGACAUGCUCUUCACCCCUAUCAGCUCUGGCGUCGGGCUAUUCUCCUUCCUGGCUGCUUUCCUCGCCCUAUAA